AUGUCGAACCCCAAGCCUCGAUCGGGUCUUCGAACCAUUCGUCUUACUCAGUAUAUCUUCGGUAUCCAAGCCAUCCCCCUGUUAGCCAGUGGUGUCUACACCCUGAUCUGGCCAGAUGCGGCUGCCAGCAUGCCAGAUUCACCUUUUCUAGGUGUUAGUAGUGGAACAAUCCAGGCAAUGAGUCUCACGUCUUUAGCUCUGGGAACGUGUCAAGUGGUGGCUACCUGCCAGAACAAUAUUCCCAUCAUGAUUGCUGCCGUGCCGGGGCGAAUGUUAGCUGCCAUUGUAUUUCACCGCUGUGGUGGACCGUGA